CCAAAAAACGCGUAGCGCCACACACCCCCCUUCUCUUCUUCCCGACCGUUGGGCUCCGCCGUUUCCUCGCCGCCGCAGAAACGCCAUUAAAAUACAGACCCGCCGCCGCCAUGUCCUUAUCCUUCAUCCUGCCUAGGAUUCUGAUUGCCUACAACGCCAUUCUCGUCUGCUUCGUUCCCAAGAAGCUGAGGGCCUUUCUCCUCCCUUCUUGGCUGUGCCCUAAUUAUUACACCAACGCCGAACCCCCAAUCGCCGCCGUCGUCGGGUUGCCGGAAAAAAUGGACGCGGCGGAGCUGAGGCGGGUGUUCGGGUUGCUGGACCAGAACGGCGACGGGAGGAUCACUUUACAAGAGCUCAGCGAUUCGCUGGAGAAGAUGGGGAUUUUCAUCGCCGAUGUGGAGCUGAGGCAGAUGAUCGACAGAAUCGACGCCGACGGCGACGGCUGCGUCGACGCCGGCGAGUUCGAGGCGCUGUACAAGAGCAUCAUGGACGGCGGCGACGGCGGCGGCGACGGCGACGACGAUAGGGAUAUGUUGGAGGCGUUCAAUGUGUUCGACCAGAACGGCGACGGGUUCAUCACUGUCGACGAGCUGCAGGCGGUGCUGGGGUCGCUGGGGCUCGCCGGGGGGGCCGAGACCGACUGCCGGAUGAUGAUCAAGAAGGUGGACUCCGACGGCGACGGGAUGGUCAGCUUUUCGGAGUUCAAGCAAAUGAUGAGAUCCGGCGGCGGCGGCGCCUCCUUCACGGCGGCGUUGGCGAGUUAGUUAAUUAAAUAAUUGAUCGAUUUGAAACAUUUAUUAUUAUUAUUAUUCAUUUGAUUUGGUUUGAGGUUUUCGUAGCUGCAUAGGUUGUGCCGUACAAUACAUACAAUGUUUGUGGUUUUUAGGAGAUUUAAUCGAAUCGAAUCAUGUCAAUGGCUGAAUAAGUUCUUUUGAUUUUUUCGUGUAAAGAUGUUUGUUUGUUUAAUUUUAUUUUUUUAUCUACUCCCUCUGUCUCAUA